GCGAGGUGCAGAGACGAGAGCGAGCUUUCGCGCGGUCGCGUGUGUGUGUGCGUGUGAGUGCGCCGCUUCGUGUAUACAUUCCGCCGCUACUUCAGAGCAGCCCUGCCAUGCCCUAACCUGGCACGCGCCCGACAACCUCUCUCUUUCUCUCUUUCUCUCUCCUCUCUUUCUCACUCUCUCUCUCUCUCUCUCUCUCUCUCUCUCUCUAUUCCUCUCUCUUCCUCUCUCUUCCUCUCGAUCUCUCUCCAGCUUCUCACCUGGCCGUGCCCGUCUCCGCCUUCCUUCCUACGUCCGUCCUCGCCCCCUUCUUUCUCAUGAGCUCUCGCUGCGAAGUCAUCCGGUGACGCUCGCGGUUCAACCCUUGAGUGCAGAUUGAUAUUGAAACCUCGCUGUGGUCACCUGUGCACUUAUCGCGUGUGGUACGCAGCCGCGACUGGAGCAGGAAGAGACCAUUCCGUGAUCCGAAACUCGGCUCCUCGCGCUGCCUACUUGUGCCUGCCAGGGAGCGAGGCGGCCUCGACGACCACGAUAAUUGUGCACCGGAGAACACGCCUCGCAGCCGAGAGCAGCUGCUGAACGCGCGGAGGAGAGAGACGGACAGGCUGCAAUUAGCGCGGGUUCAUUGUCACCCGAGAAGACGCGGAGAAGACGCGGAGAAGACGAGAGCGCACCUCCACCGGUUCUUUGUGCCGAGGCUCUGUUUCUCGCUGCGGAAACGGCUACAUGUGCGAGGAGCGUGCGCCUACUGUACGCGAACAUAUUCGUCGGCGGGUCGUUGCUCAAUAGCCGCUGCUGAUGAGAAGCUCCCGAGUGGCCGAUGCAGUUGCACAAGACUGCGCCAUGAGAGUCGCGCUCGUCGGCAUUGGUCGCCACAGUGCAGCACCAGCUGAAGCCCGCGUCGGCGCCAGCAUGCAGCAGCAGACUUGGCAAUCCUGAGACACGAGGUCGCCACCCUGCCUUCCACCUUUUACUUUUCCGUUAUCCCUCCCCCUCCUCCCGACGAGCUCUCUUCGUCGACUAGACCUUGCUCGUUUCUUCCUCCGCCUUACCCGCAGCCUUGUGCUGCCGCCGCUCCCGUUAGCUUUCGUUGCUGUUGCUUCUCGGACACUCGACAAUCCUGUUACCGAUGCACCCCCGCGCAACGGAAGAAGCUGUGUCACUGCGAUACUGACGACUAUUUGCAGACGAGCAUUGCUUCAAAAGCCGCACGGAAUUCCAAGAGGAAGCCGGGGGAGCUUUCGUCGAGCAACCGUGAUUACACGUUAAUAUGAGCAUGACCCUCGUACGGAAUACGUUUAAAGGGUGCAACGAGGACGAGGCAGGUGCCGACGCGGAAGUGGGCGGCUGCGCGGACAGCGUGGCGAAUGGCGGCACUGUCGGCGAGGGCGGCGCGGAAGGUGGCUCCGAGUGCACCGCCAACGCGGCUGCGACCACCACCACCACCACCACCACCGCCACCACCACCACUACCAACAACGGCGCCGCCAGCAAGCAGCAGGCAGCCAGCAGCCAAGAGCGCUGUCCACAGUGUGGCAUCGUCUGCCGAAACUCGCGCAUACUGCAUCUGCACGUUGAGGACCAGCACAAGGCCCCCUUUCCCCAGGACAAGCAGGACUUGCAAUUUCCGCAAGUUUCGUGCAAGGUAUGCAGCAAAACUUUUGCGAACGUGUACCGACUGCAGAGGCACAUGAUCAGCCACGAGGAGAGCGCGGUUCUCCGCAAAUUCAAGUGCCCUCACUGCGAGAAGGCUUUUAAAUUCAAGCACCACCUCAAGGAGCACUUGAGAAUACACAGCGGGGAGAAGCCCUUCCAGUGCAUCAACUGCCACAAGCGAUUCUCCCACUCGGGCUCCUACUCCUCGCACACGACGUCCAAGAAGUGUCUCGAGGGUAACGUCAAAAAAUCCAGGCAAAGCGCAGCCAAUGCGACAAGCGCUACUACCGAACGAAACGCCUCGACCGGCAAAAAAUCCCAGCAGCAGCAGCAGCAGCAUCAGCAACAACAUCAACAACAACAGCAAUCCCAACCUCAGCCACAGAGACAGCAGCCGCCACAGUCGUUGCAGGUACGACGAGAAGCCGAGCUCCUCGCGGCCAACAACAACACCACUUUCAUGCCCAUUCUGCCGAAACUGUCGCCGUCGGAUUAUCGAGAGAUACAGCGCGAAGCUGCUGUAGCAGGCAUGUACGACGUGCCCACGCUACUACCUCACAUGAUGAACUUCGGCAGCUACUUCUUGCAGUCCUCUUUAGGCAAGAUUCUCAGCCAGCUACACGCCAAGCAGCAAGAGCAGCUCAGCCACACGCAACAGCAGCAGCUCAGUCAACUUCACUAUCAGCAUCGCCAGCAUCAGCAUCACCACCAACAGCGCAAUCAUCGGAUGGACGAGGCGAGCAGUGAGCACUGCGAUGCGCUAAGCCAGCAGAGCGAAGCGGCCCUCAGCCCUUCGACCACCCUGAUCGACUCCGAGGGCACUAUCACCGAAGGCACCGAAGGCGGCAACGAGUCGCCCAUCUCACCACCUCCUCCGCCUCCGCCUCUACCUCCGCCUCCGCUUCUCCAGAUCCACCGGCCCGAUCAGCCCCAGGAUUUAGACGCCGUACGUCGGAUUCUCGAGACCGUCAACACCUCUGUCACCAAGCAGCUGCUGGAAGCCAACGUGAGAAAGCUCGCCAGCUCGCCCUCGAUGACGAUCAAACGCGAGAAAGACGAAGACCAGGAUAGCGAGGUGUCAAGUGAAAUGGUCGGCCAGUGGUCGGCCACCGAGCAUACGGACUCGCAGUCCGAAGGUCUAGUUGCGAAGCUGGAAGAGGCUCGUCACCGCAAUGGCUCACCCUCGCUGCGACAAUCGCUCAAGCGCAAGCGUGAAAACGGAUUGUCGACCCACACUUCCGAGGUCGACAGCGAGGAAGAAGAGCAGCACCAGCAUCAGGUCGGCACGGGGCGACGCGUUAGAGCUAGGUCUCUCAUCGACGACGACCAGCUGGCCGUGCUCAAGAGCUACUACGCCAUCAACCCUCGACCAAAAAAGGAGGAAAUCACCAUGAUCGCAAACUACAUCAACUUCCCCACGCGAGUUGUGCAGGUUUGGUUCCAAAAUUCUCGUGCGAGAGAUCGACGCGAGGCUAAAAUUCCAGCUCUCUUGCCCUUGUCGAGUCUUGGCAACCACGUCUUCAAUGAUCAGCCUCUCGAUCUUUCGAAAAAGGAUGUGAUCAAAACACCUCCGAUGAAGGAUGUUCACGAGAUUACUACUAGAAAUGCUGUUUCGCCGUAUGCUUCCAAGGAGGACGCAAUCACGCCAAAAGUGCUAGCAAACAAUAAUAUAGAAACGGAGGACGCUGAAGAAUCGCGCCUUGUGAUCGACGAAGGGAUGGCUGACUCGGCUGAAAUAAAGCACUCGACCAUGCCUGUUGAGGUCAUUAUAAAGUCUCCGUCUCCAAUCAUUCCAACGAAAAAUGAAGAAAUAAGAAUCGCGGAUUCUACUCCACACACAGGAACGGAACAAGAAGGCCUACACUUUUGUAAUCAAUGUGAUAAAACUUUCUCCAAACACAGUUCUCUUGCGAGACAUAAAUACGAACAUUCCGGUCAAAGGCCGUACAAAUGUCAAGAGUGUCCAAGAGCAUUUAAACAUAAGCAUCACUUGACGGAACACAAACGACUUCACAGUGGUGAGAAGCCUUUCCAGUGCUCCAAGUGCCUCAAGCGCUUCUCUCACUCUGGCUCCUACAGCCAGCACAUGAACCAUCGUUUUUCGUAUUGCAAGCCUUACAGAGAAUAAAUGACAAAUAAUUCUCGUAAAUUACUUGCCAAGCAAGUCAUUCAAAAUGAAAUCCAGUGAGAAGUAUAUAACAUCAUCCUCUGAUACAAGUAAUAGAAAGACAAAUAUAAAUUUAUUAUUAUAUUAUAUAUGUACGUUAUGUAGAUUUAUAAAAGCUCGAGCAAAACGAAGAAAAACUAACGAUCUAUUGUCGGUAAAGCUUCUCUCCGAAGUGUUGCUUUACCGUCAGCCAAUGUUCUCGAUUGAAUUAUCAGAUAUAUUAUUGAUAAACGAGAAUAGAUAGAUAGGUCAAAGUAAACGAAAGAAGAGAAAUAAAAUAUGACUUAGAGUAACCAAAAGACGUAACGGUACCAAAAAGCAUCAUGCAAUAAUCUAUUAUAUACAUGCGAUAUAUAGCAUACAUAAUAUUUUAUUAUUUUUAUUAACAAGAUAUUAUAUGUACCAUGACAAUAAUAAGGAAACUAAUUGAUGUACAAAUUGUUAGAUGACUAGAGGAGUCCACUAACGGAGGAAUUGGUAGGGUGGGGGUGUGAGUUUAUUCGCUUUUUCGGUUCUAAAAGUUGCAGAAGUUUAUAAAGAUAUGAUAAUAUGCGAGCAUUGUGUACAUAGAAUAUUGCGAAAAGCGUCUACAUUAUGACAAACUAUUUAGAUUGUAAGCACUAAGAAGUAUAACUAAGGGAAAACUUUCAUUUUAAGUUUACGCUAAGUAACUUUUUUACUGUAUCUAUUAUUUUAUUAGCUUAUAUCAACGUUUUUUGAUGUUUUUUAAAAUGUAUUAUAAGGUCGUGUUUUUUUCUCCGUUUUACGAUAAUUGCAAUCAAUACAUGUAGCUCGUUUCCGUUUGUAUAUGAUGCACUCGUUAAAGUUUUACGUACUGCUAUUUUAAGUGACAUUUUUUUUCGGCAAUGAAAACAAAAAUCCGAUUUUUUAUCAAUGUUAAUUUUACUCUUAAAUAUAAAUUUUUUUUUUGUUCAUUUGAAACAUUAUAAAGAAAUCGUUCAAUGAGUGCUCAUUCCACAAGUAAUUUUUAGAAAAAUGAAAGAUGCUCAAGACAAAAAACUCCAAUGCCAAAUAAAUCUAGUAAAGGGCAAUAUUGCGGUUUAAAUAUACUAAGUCAUAGUGCUUAAUGUUAAGGUCGCUUUGCCGAAUGCGUGAUAAAUUUUGGUUUUCAUCGUAUCCAGUUACAAUAAUGAUUAUCAAACGUGUUUCUAAAAAAUUUCUGAUACGAGUGAUCAAUUUUUCUUCUUAAUGUCUAUUUAUCGUUUGUACUGGUGGUUUGUAAAAGUUACAGGUAACAAAUGAAAGUACAACGGAUUUUAUUCCAUAAAGAUUAUUUUAGGCACAUGAUAAAAUCUACUGAGCACAUGAACUUCAACUAAUUGUAACGUUCUUUACUCGCACGUUUUUAAAGCAAAAAAAUAAAUAACGAGAUUAAUUAUUUAGCGAUUACUUAAUAAUUUAUUCAUACACAGUAGUAGAAAUACGUUCAUGGCUUUUCCAUAAUGACCGUUACUAUUGUUUUUGAUACUGCUGUUCACGGUACUUAUCAAUUUUAUUCUAAAAAAAUAUACUGAAUUCCAAACGUUAUGACAAUAAUAAAGUGAUGAAUGUGAAAAAUAUUUAUUCCAGUGCCAAAUUUUGACAUUUGUAAGGGAUGAAAUAUAUGUUAAUCGGCAAAGUGGCAUAAAUCUAAUGGAAGGUAUGCAAAGUGAUAAUGUUGAAAGAAUGCUGGUAAAAAAACAAUGCGAAUUCCAGGGCCUUGUGGAUAAGUGAAAAAUACUAAAUGCGAGCAUGAUUAACAACAAAUUUAAGUGUAACUAACUUUAUAUAUGUACUUAUAUUUUUAUAACUUUAAUGCAUUUGGGAAUGAUUUCUAUUUCAAAUCACAUUCCAUUCUUAUUUUUAGAAUAAUAAUUAUGAAAAUGAUAAAAACUUUGGAAAUAGGAGAUAAUAACUUUUGCAGUAACGAUUUGUUUCCAACGUUGAAUAGUAUAUUUAUUUUUAUUCGUACUAUCAUUGCGCCAUAAUUAUUUGUAAAAGACAAUAAGCAAAUAAGAAAAAGUUUAUAAAAUUAAAAAUUUGCAUUGAUUUUUUUGCAUUGCUGCUCGCAAAGUAUAUUGUUUCAUUGUAAUCCCCGAGGUUCAGCGAAUUUUCCAAAGAUCUGUAUGUAUAUAAAGUGAAAUGCUUUCAAAUAUUCUAUUGUAUGGAAAUAAGUCAGUAGAAAUGAUUAUAUGCCAAUUUAUACAACUUUCAUUUAAUUACAAAUACUUUAGAUAAGAAAACUAUGGAAAAAUCUACACAAAACAUUGAAUACUCAAAAACAUAUUUUAUAAGAGUUUAUUCGUUUUUUAUUUUACACGUACCAUGGAUACUAAGUGAUAUUGUUAUUAAUAAAAUGAGUAGCAUGUGCACGAUAAUAUAUUCAGGAAGAAAAUGUAGUAUUAUCUUUGCGUGGAUGCAAAUGUUACAAACAGUUGAAUAUUCUUAAAUGAAAUACUGAUAAUUAAGGAUAACAUUUACCUAAGGGGAGACUAUAUAAAAUAGAUACAUACGUUAGUCAGAAAUUUCCAUAAGGGGUGGACAUUACAUAAUUGUUUGAAGACGACUAUUUCAUAGCAAUCGAUACGUAUUUUUAUAAAAAUAAAUUUGAUAUUUAUAUUAUACAUAAAUUGUACAUAAAAUAUUUUUGUCAGUAGCAAGAAACUUUAAUUGCAUAUAAUAUUUAUGCUCUAUUUUACUAAAAAAAAUCAUUCUCCUCGCACGACAAUAACAGAACUAACAAUGUUCAAUAUAACAAAACUAUUCUACUAUUAUGAUCAAAGUAAGCUCUAUCCAACUGUUAUCUGUACUAAAAAAAUCGGUAAUUGAAUAUACAAUAAAUAUAAAAAGGUUCAAUUAAUGCUUUCCAUUUGCUGAUGUUUAUUUUGCGAAAUAAGCGCUGUUAUUAGUCGUCAGUGAGACCUUUUCAAUGAUUAAUUUGUCCACUCCAAAGGGAACAUGUUCUGACAGAAAGGUUUCAAAUUUGUGUACUUCCUUAAGUAGAAGCUUCGGUUAUCCGGGAUAGGCAUCGUGUCCAACAUUGAUAUGCAAAAGUAAAAUCGACAUAAAUAUAAUAGAAAUAGCACGAAGUUAAUGACGCUCAUAAUACUCAUCUAUUAGUGUUAACACUUAAAAAUAUAUAUUUUUAUAUAAGUAUAGCUACUAAUUAUGAUAAAGUAACUACUACGAGAUGACAUACACUCAGAGAGUUGAUGUACUCUUAUCCAACCCCCACCCUUGAAAAAUUUACUGCGUAAUAGAAAUAAUUAGUCCCGAUUUUCUCCAAGUAGAUCCUACAGUAAACAAUCAUUAAUUAUUUACUGUGAUUGUAAUAAUUAUUGAUUAUUCACUGUAAUUGUAUUACAGUAGGUAAUCAACAAAUGUAUGAUGCAACAUUACUAUCACUGUAUUUUGAGAAUUUCUAACAAUUCUUUUAUUACUUUCUUCGUGCAUAUUUUUUCUGCGUUACGAUAUAGCAUUUAUUUGAAUUUACAAAUUUUCUACUUAAGAAUUUGUGAUACCAAAUUUUUGUCUCACAAAGUCUCGCCUGCAUUUUCGUAAUGUAUAAUGAAAAAUUUCGUGAUUCUAUUUGAAUAACGUUUAUUCAAUCGUUUUAGAUUGGCAUAUUCAAGCUCAAGACAUUUGAUCUUUCACGAAAUUCCUUUCAACUGCUUCCGGAUAAACGUGCAUACAUUUUAUGCAUGUAUAAAUUUGAAUUGAAAUAGACGACGAACUGGUUAACACAUACUAAAAUAUCGGUGAAACACAAAUGAAUUAUGAAAUUUUUCUAGUUGAUUUCAAGUUUAGACAGCUAGUAAUGAAUAAAUGAAUAAGCAAGUUGAAUCGAUUCAUUGAUGAAAAAGUAAGAGUAGUGCAUUCUUUGAUUCGAUGUAAGUUAAGCUUUUGCUCUUGCAUUUUUAAAAUAAUCACAUUGAAGAAUACAUACACGGAAUGCAGUACAUGUAAAAAAUAUUAGAUAUUAUUUCGUUUUUAAUCCUGUGCCAUUAAAAACUUUUAUAUUUUAAAUAAAAAGCUUUUGCAGUUGUUGAAAAUCAUAUUUGAAUUUGCAUUGUGCAAAUAAUAAAGAAGGUUACUCAUUUAUUUUCUGAUUUAAUUUAUUUUGAGUUUAACUCAGAUACGCUACGAUUAUUCUUUAAUUUAAAAUACUGACAAUAAUUCGAAAUCAUAGGCCUUGCUAGGUCUUGUAUUCGGAUUCUAUAACGCUUUCACAUUCCUUGACAUUCAUACUUUGUGGGUGCAAAAAACACGAGAUUGAUUUAUAUCACAAUAUUUCAGUAAAUAAAAGAAAUGCAAACAAUAUUUACUGUUCGGAGAACUGAAGAAGAGAUUGUUAAACGAUUGUUUAUGCAACGAUUAUAAUAAAGCGCCAUACGAUGCCUUCCGUGAACGACCGAGCUUGGCUAAUUGCCAAAAAUGUGUCACAUUGAAUUAGAGGGAAGUUUGGGGAAAAAGAAACAGAGACAAGAGAGAGAAAAGUAAAAUAAUUUUUGGCAUUUUCCGUGCUUCUGCGUUCAAUGCUUUGAUGAUGUUCACUUUCAUCGACUUUAAAAAUGAACGACUAAGACACUUCAAUGUAUGCAUUUACUGAUAUUUUUUAUGCAUUUACAGAAAAAAGUGAUUAUUGACAAUAAGUAAAGCUGACAGUAGAGUUGAAAAGUUCGAAAAUAUAACACUAAUGGAAUCAUCAUCAUUUAAAAAUCUCAGUAAAUACUUGUUUUUUAGAUGUGUGAUUGCAUUAUAUAUUAAAAAUAAUACUAAGCCUUUCAGUUUCAAAUGUAAACAUUAAUAAUGAACAAAAAAGUCGAAUAUUAUAGAUAAAUUUUUAAGAGUAUAUACAUUGUGAUUGUAAUAUCCAUGUUUCUAUGUAAGUAAAACAGCAACAAUGUGUCUUAUUUUAAUCUAAAAUAAAAGCUUUGCAAGUUAUAACUUCAUAUUGCUUGAGUCGGAAAAAGUGAAUGUUAUCAAAAUCAAAAUAUCGUUGAAAAUUUGAAAUCGUGCUAAUGAAUUGAUGGUUAAGCCAGUGAGCUUUUCGUGACUAUAAUACAUGGGUAUAACGUGUAUAUGAAAAAAUUGUACAUAUACAAUUUCAUUCUGCAGACAAUAAUUUGCCGUUUUACAAUUAAUUACUGUAUUAUGAUGCAUAGUAAUUGAAUAAAUAUAAAUAGACAAAAAUUAUAGUAUACCCCUAGGCCUAUAUAAAAUAUAAAUUUACGAAAUCGAUAAUAAGAAAAAAUAUAUAUAUAUACAUAUGAGAAAUAUAUUCUAUAUAUAAGUAAUUGCAGUCAACAGACGGUGUUUCAUGAACAACAAUGAUUCGAUAAUAUGCAUAAAUUAUAAACUUGAGAAUGAAAUU